GAGGUGGCGAGGCCUCCAACAAGGAGGAGGAGGACGGCAGCAGCCAGAGCUCGGGCAGCGCAAGCGAGGAAGACACAAAGCCAGCGGGCAGCUGCAGGGAUGGCAAGUUCGCGAUCGUCUUCCCGAGAGUGCAGCAGGUUUUUCAUGAGGAUCACACGUGGGACAGCCAAAGCGUUCGGUCUCUCCACUGGGCCUUCACGCCCGCCGUGCAGGAGAUGGGGACGGCUCGCCCCGGCCGACCCAGGGAGGCUGCGCUGUCCGCCCAGACAGCGGCACAAAUGGCCCAGUGGAGCCUCUUUGGGGACACAGACAAGGCACUGGGAGCUGCCGCUUCUGAUCACAGUGGAGACCUAUGGGACAUGGAUGAUGAAGGUCCAACAAUGCAGAAGCACGAGCAGCUGCAGUGGUGGAGCAGGGACUGGGUGGAGCUCGGGGAGGACGGAGUCCCCGACAUGACCGUCCUUAGAGAACUGCACGAAGACGUCGUGCUGAUGAAUCUGCAGAAGAGAUACGAACGCGGACACAUUUACACGUACAUUGGGAGCAUCCUCCUCUCAUUGAAUCCCUACAGUGCCACGGACAUCUACGGGCCGGACACGAUUGCCAUGUACCGGGGAUCUGAGAUCUCCGAAAAUCCACCGCACAUCUUUGCCAUUGCCAACACGGCCCUGUCAGCCCUGAGCAACGAGCAGCGUCAGCAGUGUGUCAUCAUCAGUGGAGAGAGCGGCUCGGGGAAGACGGAGGCUGCCAAGCUGAUUCUCGGGUUCCUUUCGGCGACGCCUAGUAACAGCAGCUGCCCUCAGGAGCACGUGGGCCCCUCAAAGCAGAUACUGGAGGCAAUCCCUGUGCUGGAGGCAUUCGGCAACGCGAAGACGCUGAGAAACAACAACUCCAGCCGAUUUGGCAAGUACCUGCAGGUGUUCGUGGAGCGGGGUGUCAUCUCUGGCUCCAUCACCUCCGAGUAUUUGCUCGAGAGGUCAAGGGUCGUGUAUCAGGCCGCCAACGAGAGGAACUACCACGUGUUCUACGAGCUCCUGGUGGGGCUGCCACCCCAGCAGAAGCAGAGGCUGGGUCUGCAGGAUGCCGAGAUGUACUACUACCUCAACCAGGGCGGCGUGUGCGAGCUGCCGGGGAAGUCCGACGGCCGAGACUUCCAGCGGCUGCGGGGGGCGCUGGAGCGCCUGGGGCUCUCGCUCGAGGAGCGGGGCGCCCUGUUCCGCAUCCUCGCCGCCAUCCUGCACCUGGGCAACGUCUACUUCGCCCGCGCCGAGAGGGACCGCCAGGAGGUGGCGUGCGUGGCGAGCGGGCCUGAGAUGCGCAUCACUGCCGACCUCCUGCAGGUCUCCUUCCAGCAGCUGCAGAUGACCAUCACCUACAAGCUCACGGAGACGAUGCGGGAGAAAAUUUUCUCCCCUCUCUCUGUCGAGGCUUCGGUCGAAGCCAGGGACACCCUGGCCAAGGUGCUGUACACUCAGCUGUUCGCCUGGAUCAUCGCGCGCCUCAACGCCAAGGGGGCCUCCACGCAGCAGGGUGUAACCCUCGCCAUUCUCGACAUUUAUGGCUUCGAGGAUUUGGGUGUGAACAGCUUCGAGCAGCUCUGCAUAAACUACGCCAACGAGUGCCUGCAGUCCUUCAUCAACAAGAUCAUCUUCAAGCAGGAGCAGGAGGAGUAUGUGCGGGACCGGCUGAGCUGGAAGGAGGUUCCAUUCUGCGACAAUCAGCCUUGCCUCGCCCUCAUCGCACAAAAACCGCACGGCAUCUUGCGCAUCCUUGACGACCAAACCGCUUUCCCUCAGGCCUCAGACCACAGCUUCCUGCAGAAGUGCCACUACCAGCACGGCGGCAACGAGCUCUACAGCAAGCCCAAGAUCCCUCUGCCUGAGUUCACGAUAAAGCAUUACGCGGGCCGGGUCACCUACCAGGUGUCUCAUUUCGUGGAGAAGAAUCGUGAGCACGUGCGGCAGGAUGUGGCGGACCUCUUCCUCGGCAGCAGCUGCACGCUGCUCGCAGAGAUCUUUCAGACUCGGCGCCAUUCGGCGGGGGCGGCGGCGGUGCCGGGUCCCCGCGGCGGCCCCACGGGCCACACGGUCUCCUCCGCCUUCCGGCAUUCCCUGCAGGAGCUGCUGUCACGCAUGGAGCAGUGCAACACGUGUUUGAUUCGAUGUUUGAAGCCAAACUCCAGGAAGGAAGCCGGCUCGUUUGAGCCGGAGCUCGUACGGAACCAGCUGCGGUACCUGGGGAUCUUGGAGACGAUUCGAAUCCGCAAGGCCGGAUUCCCGGUGCGGAUGCCCUUUGACACCUUCAUCAGGAGAUAUGCAGUUCUGACAGAAACCACUGGAGAAGGGAAAAACGGGUGCCUCUCCAUCCUGAACACCCUCAAGCCAGAACCCGAGGGCCUAUUCAGGAUAGGCCUCAGCCAGGUGUUCAUGAAGGAGGCGCUCUACGUGCGACUGGACAGGGAGCGCGAGCGGCGGGUCAAGGUGGCGGCUAUCACCAUCCAGCGGCACCUGCGGGGCUACAUCCUCCGCAAGCAGUACCGCGUCUUCCGAGAGAAGGCCGUGGUCUUGCAGGCCCACAUCCGCGGCUUCAGGGCCAGGCGGCGGUUCCAGCGGUACCGGCAGGGCGGGGUGCAGCUGCGGGCUGCGGUGCGGAUCAUCGUGCUCACGCGGAGGUACCUGAAGACGCCGCCGAUCGCCAGCGAGGGUUUGCCCGAGAGGAUUAGGCGCUACCUGCCGGGUGAGUGCCGUCGUGCGUUUGUGCGAGAACCCAUCCCCGGGAUAUCUCCCCGUCCGGCUGGGCGUUGGGCAGGACCACUCCGCGUGCGGUCGACAACGCGGCUCGCCGAGGCUGGCUCUUCUGGGGCGUUGUUCACUGGGUAUAAAGAAGAAGAGAAGCUGAGACAAGACGCCCAUUUGGGCCCGUUUGGAACUGGAGCGAUGGCGAACGCAUGGGCACCCAGGAACACGGCUGUCUCCCAGUUGGAGGUGCCACCUGACCUGGCCAUGCUGCUGCGGGUGUACGAAGGCAAGUACCACAUGCACAGCGACAAGGUCAGGCUCAUGUCGCCACCUCCCAUGAGGGACACCCGGGUCUACGACCUCCCCCGUGACAUCAACAGCCACCCCUUCUCCAAAUUCUCGAAGGGCGCCUUCAAGAACGGAUGCUUCGGCUACCUUGGACCUCCGGUGGAGUCGACUCUCACCAAGGUCAUCACAGAGGAGGAGCAGAUGGAAGCCAUAUCCAUCUUCAAGCUGGUGAUGCGCUUCAUGGCGGACAGCACCAUGAGCCCCAUGCAGGAGUUCCUGCUGGGCAGCUACGUGGUGCAGCGCGCCAUCAACAUCCCCGGCCUGCGGCAGGAGGUGUUGUGCCAGCUCGCCAACCAGACGUGGCAGAACCCGGACCCGGCGAGCGCGCGCCGGGGCUGGCUGCUGCUCGCGAAUUGCCUCGGCUGCUUCGCCGUGCCGCCCAUUCUGCGACCGUACCUGCUCAAGUACGUGUCGGACCACGCGAUGAACGGCUUCAAGUCCCUGUGCCAGCGCAAGCUGAUCCAGGGGGCGUCCGAGGCCGUCAGGGACCCCGAGACUUCACGCCAGUUCCCCUCCACCUUCCUCGAGUGGACGGCGAACCAGCGCUGCGCCCGCACCACCGUCAGCGUCCACUCCUUUGACGGAAACGUGGCAUCCGUGGGGCUGGACUCGUGGACCACGGGGGAGAAGCUGGGGGAGCAGGUCCUCCGCCAGAGGGGCGUCUCGGAAGGCUGCCACGGCUGGACAAUAGCGAUGCACGACGCGGGCGCGGGCCCCUGCGAGCUCGCGGGCCACGACUACGUCCUGGACCUGCUGGGCGACGUGGAGCUGCCGCAGACUUUCCGCAAGCCGCCCUCCUUCUUCCUCCACUCCGCCAGCGGAUCCGGACUGGGCUCCGGAUCGCCCACACCGCACGGCGGGGGCGGUGGCGGCGCCUUCGCGGGCGCCGGGAGCUCGCACAUCAGCCCGCAGCCUCCGCCGCCUCCGCCUCCUCCCCCUCCGCUCCCCCACCAGCUGAGCAGCAGCAGCAGCAGCCCGAUGACGACGGGAGGAGGCAGCUACGUGGAGUUCAUCCCGCCGCCCCCAGGAUCGUUCGCUCCCUCGCUGCCCCCUCGCUCCAACUACCCACCCGCGAUGAGUGGCUUCGACCAGCGGGGAUACCAACCACCAGCACCGUUCAACGGUCGGGGCGAGGGGUAUUCCGAGCACGAAAUCAACCAUUAUGUGGACACGCUCUUCGACCCGCUCAUGAGCCACGGGGAGACCCCGGGCCACCUGUCCAACCGGCUCAAGGGAGGUGGCGGCAUGUGGAACGGCAACCAGGUCAACCAAAACCAGAUGCCCAACGCCAUGGGGAUGCCCAUGAUGCCAAUGAUGCCCAACAUGGUUCAAGGCAUGCAACCCAUGGCUCCCAUGGGUGGCAUGGGUGGCAUGGCACCCAUGGGCAUGCAAGUCAACGCAAUGCCAGGAGUGAUGGACCCCAUGAUGGCACAACAGGCCCUCAUCAACCAGCAAGCCAUGAUGCUGGCCCAGCAGAUGACUGCGGCGGCCCUGCAACAGCAGCAACAGCAGCAGCAGCAACAGCAGCAGCAGCAGCAGGCGGCAAUGAGGGCAGCCCAAGCUUCAUCUUCUAACAACUUCAACAGGCCUCUGAGGAGCACGGGCCUGCGUCAGCAGCAAGUGCCGCUCUACACAGCUCCUCCUCCUGCUCCUGCACCUGCUCCACCUCCUCCUGCUCCUCCCGCUGCUGCUUCCGAUUCGGAUGAGUCCCCACCAUCGCCCAGACGCCACGUGCCCGACGACUCGCAGAGUGGAUCCAUGGCCAUCGCCAGCAAAAUCAACCGCUUCUCCAGGGGUGCUUCCAUCGCCAAGGCUCCAGCACCUCCAUUCAACAAGUCGCCCGUGCAACCACAGAAAAAAUCACCCUCACCCUCCCGCAAGAGCAAAAAGGGGUCCACCACCAAACCUCCACCUCCUCCACUCGAUAAGUCACCCGUUCAAUACCGGAAGAGAUCACCCUCUCCUUCCCGCAAGAGCAAAAAGGGGUCCACUGCUAAACCUCCACCUCCUCCACUCGACAAUUCGCCCACUCAAUACCGGAAGAGAUCACCCUCUCCUUCCCGCAAGAGCAAAAAGGGGUCCACCACCAAGCCUCCACCUCCUCCACUCGAUAAGUCACCCGUUCAAUACCGGAAGAGAUCACCCUCUCCUUCCCUCAAGAGCAAAAAGGGGUCCACUGCCAAGCCUCCACCUCCUCCACUCGACAAUUCGCCCACUCAAUAUCGGAAGCGAUCACCCUCUCCUACUCGCAAGAGCAACAAAGUGUCCACCGCCAAACCUCCACCCCCUCCACUCAACAAGUCACCCGUUCAAUACCGGAAGCGAUCACCCUCUCCUACUCGCAAGAGCAACAAAGUGUCCACCGCCAAGCCUCCACCUCCUCCACUCAACAAGUCGCCCGCUAAAUACAGGAAGCGAUCAUCGACUUCCAGCGAGGACAGCGACGAUAAAGAAGAGGAUAAGUCGGACACAGACUGCGAGCAGGAAGACGUUCCCGACUCCAAAUCUUGGCGCAGGGAUAAAAGCCGCAGCCCCGAGAGGCCUCAAGUGGUCGUGGCGUCGAGCAGAAGCGCGCCGGAGCCCACGAAAAACAUCAAGCACAUCAUCCGCAUGUACAACAAUAAGCCGCCUCCCAAGCCGGAGGAGAUCAUCCCGAAGAUGAACGUGCGAUCCGAACCCAAGUUCGUGAAAAGAUCGGACCCACGCUCGGAGGCCCUGACGAUCCUCAGCGAGAAGACAAAGCAGUGGUCAAAGCAGGGCACCGGCAGUGGCAGCACCAGCCCAGCCACGUCCUCCGGGCACGACUCGCCUUCCCCCACCACCGCCACGGCAGCCAAGGCCGCCGAGAACGUGCCGCCCCCUCCGCCCAUGCCGCCGUCACCGGCUGCCGCCGGCAUCACCACCGCCAGCGCGCCGUCCAAUCCUCCGCCGCCUCCUCCUCCUCCGCCUCCGGCGCCUCAGGCGAACAUGAACACCUUGGGGAGGAAGCACAAGGUCAGCGCAACGCUCACCCAGGCGAUGGUUCGCGUGGCGGCCGCCCUGGGAGCCACCGCCUCGCCCGGAGCCGCCAGCGUCGAAGCGCCGAAGCCACCCGCCGAGCCCCGGUUCGACGUCAUGGACGGAGUGAGGCCGGCGGAGCCGCGCGGGGGCGGCCCGAGUCUGGCCGAAGACGAGCGAAUCCACACGGAGCUGCAUCCAUGGUACAACGAAGACUUCUACAGCUACACGGACGUGCGCUGGAAGCUCUUCCUGCGCAAAGAGAUUUUCUACCCCCAGGACAGCCUCAACAACCCAGCCGUGCUGAACCUGCUGGUACAGCAGAUCGUGCACGACACCUUCUCCAACUCCUGCAUGAGGAUCACCAAGGAGGAGUGCCACAGGAUGAGGAUCCUGCUGGACGAGUGCAAGGUGACGCCCAACACGCCCACCAAGGACGACACGGUGAAGAAGAGGAUCGUGAUGGCCGCACGGGACCAGUGGGAUACCUACUUCUCCCGUCUCUUCCCCGCGGCGGGCCCGAUCGGAAUCGACAUCCAGAUGCUGGCCGUAUCCCACAAGGGGAUCAAGUUGGUGAAGAUCGUGAAGCUGGCCGGGGCUAACACCAUGUACAUCAAGGUCCUAGCCCCUUACAGCUACGCCGACAUCCUCUACGUGACCAUCGCCAACAAGGUCACCUUGGAGUUCGCGAUGCGCAACGAGCAGAUCACCAUCUACUCGCCCAAAGCCAGCCAGAUCAAGGAGCUCGUGGACUUCUACUGCUCCGAGCUCAUGAGGAACUCUGCGUACGUGAUCGCGGUGAAGAGCUACUUCACCGACAACAAAAUCAUGCUCAGCUUCAGGAAGGGAGACGUCAUCAAACUGCAGACCGCGGCUGCCCCCAUGCAGGAAGGUUGGAAGUUUGGAGUGGUGCACGGCCGCUCGGGCAUGUUCCCGGCCGACUACGUGCAGCCGAUCGCCCCGCCGGACUUUGCCAACUCGCAGCCGGAGCCGCGCCGCGAGGAGAACUGGACACCCCCGCCAAUGCACGUGGCGCAGUCGGGCGCCGUGGCCGUCGCCGUCGCGUCGGCCCCGGCCGCGACGGCGCUCAGCCACAGGGCAGACAGCUCCAGCAGUCGCUCGAGGAGCAGUGCCCCAGAUUCCGAGGAGAACCCCUACAUGGAAGAUCUGGUGGAGACAAACCCUCACAUCAUGGUGGACUUUGCCAAGAGGCACUUCAGGAAGCCAUUAAACAAGAAGAGCAGAAAGGGCCACGAGUCCCUGUCUCCGGCAGACAUGGUGGUGUUCAGCAGGAACCCGAUCCAGGAUUCACUCAUUGACAUCAAGGACAGCAACCUCAACAAGCAGGCGGUGGAAUCCUUUCAGACCAUCAUGAGGUUCAUGGGAGACUUGCCGUCCAAGGGAUCCGACACGGAGUGUGUGUACAGCCUUCUGCGGUGUGGGCAUCAGGACGUAUUGAAGGAUGAGAUCUACUGCCAAGUCAUCAAGCAGGUCACCAAUAACCAAAGCAACAAGCCGGACAGCGCCCAGAAGGGCUGGCGGCUGCUCUACAUCAUCACGCCGUACUUCAGGUGCACGGAAGUCCUCAAGCCGUACGUGGUCUCGUAUCUCCACGGCCUGGCCAGCAAGCCCUCCCCCUUCCAAGGAAUGGCCAAGGUGUGCGAAGAGCAGCUCCAGCAGACGCUGGUGUGCGGCGGGCGGCGCAACGUGCCCAGCGAGGUGGAGCUCGUCGCCAUGAUGUCGGGAAGGAACUCCAAGAGGCAGCUCUUCAACCUGCCCGGUGGCAUCGACAAGUUCUUCAAAGUGAAGACUUGCACGGUGGCCAUGGACGUGCUCGGGGAGCUGUGCAAGGAGAUGGAGCUCAGCAACCCCCAAGCGGCGCACGAGUACGCCAUCAUCGCCCUGUGCAACAGCGGUUCCUUCAAGAAGCCGCUGGUCAAGCGCGAGUACGUGAUGGACGUGGUGGGCGAGGUGGAGAAGAUGGACCCGGCCUUCACCUUCUGGAUCAAGCGUGUGGUCUGGGGCCGGCCGCUGGUGCUGUCCAACAGCCUCUACAUCACGAUGCACUUCAACCAGGUGCGCCGCGACUUCUCGAUGGGCCACCUGCUGGCGCUGCCGUCGGGCCGGCCCACGGAGCAGCAUUUGAGCAUGGUGGCGCGCAUGGCCGCGCUGCAACACCGCGCCAAGGAGGACCGGCAGCCCCCGAGCCCGAAGGACGUGGAGUCCUACAUCCCAGCCAUCUGGUUCCGGAUGCAGUCUCCGUCCAACUGGCAGAGCCUCAUCUCGCAGCAGCUCAAUGACGUGCAUGGCAUGAGCGCCCUUCAGGCCCGGACCACCUUCCUAGAAAAGAUGAGCACCCUGCCCCUGUUCGGCUCCAACUUCUUCAACGUGAAGGGCAGCGGAAUCCCCCCGUGCCUGGGGGCCGUGAACCUCAAGGGGCUGCAAUUCGUCAAAAUCGAGAACGCGGAGCCCUUCAACAUCAUGCACCUGCGAGACAUUAACUCCGUCAAGGCCCUGCCGCCGACCAAGUCCAUGAGUCCGCAGCUCGAGAUCAUAUCGGGGAACCAGAGCUCCCGCAAGACGACCAUCUUGGAAGUCCAGCAUGCGAUGGAGAUGUGCCACAACAUGAGCAUACACAUUGAAACCAUGAUGGGGUCACGGAGCUGAGGCGGCGCCUGACCUCGGCGCCGGAGCUUCCUCGGAGCGGCGACAGGCCCGCGACAGCGCUAGGAGCAGCUGUGGCGGCCACAUGUGACGCACCACGAGACGGUCCACGUGAGAGACCAGGAUAUCCCACGACAGCCUCUGCCUGGACAUUUGAGAGCCCGUUAAAUAUCGAUACCCCACACACAACAGUACGUGGACAAUCCAUGACAGUCAAUGUGACAGCCUAUGGCACCUCAUGACGGUUCAUGACAUACGAGUUAUUAGAUGUGACAACCCAUGUAACAGUCCCAAGACAUCUCAUAAUAGCCCACCACAUAUCAAUGUGUUAUACCACGUGACAGCCCAGAACAUUGUGCGACAGCCAAUAUGACAUCCCACUUGAUAGCCCCGCCGAAUGGCUCAGUAUUUCUCUGGUACCAGCUCGUGGAUGGACUUUCUGCUAACACUCCCGCGCAGGCCCGAAGGGUCAGACCACAUGUACCUUGUACUGUGGGGGCAGCUAGCAGGAGGGAUACUGUGGGGGAAAACACUUACUCCGUUUUUUGUUCCAACAGCUGCUUUCGUUCCAACAACCCGAGUUCCCACUGGUACGACCUGCGUUGCAUUCCCUGAUAGUGCACCGGCCUGCUCUCAACCCAUGAAAAUGUUAGAAUGUUGUGAACUUACAUUCCAGACGACUCCGCAAAAACUAAUUCAAGCACAAACCGAAUUCAUAACCAGGGUCACAAUGAAUGCAAUGGGCUGUUAGCCCCAGAGUCCACUGUUUUAAACGCACUGGGCACCGCUGUAGUGAGUGAUAUGUACAUAAUGCUGUAGUGAUUAUAUUAGAUAUACUUUGGAGAUACAAAAAAAAAGUUUUGUGUAGAAUUUCGGUUGGGUGACGCCAACGACUAACCAGGUGAAUGCACCUGCUCAGGGCACCGCCACCGUUCCUUUGGUCCGAAGCUUCAGCAGCUGCUGCCUGUGAUCACUGCAGAUUACACGUAGGCAUCUUCUGCAGCCCAAACAAAUGGGAUGUUAAUUUUUGUAAAACUUUUCGAAAUGUUGUAAAUCGACUCCGUUGUACUUUCGAGCAUUGACGAGAUUCACGCAUGAAGCGCCGACACUUAAUUGGAGAAUGUGCCAAUUAAAAUACUCUGCGUCAGCUAUGUGACCUCGUUAAGUGUGGGGAGGGGGGGGCAUACACGCACUCAGGGGGACCACAGCCACUGUUAAACUCUAGACAUGUUAUUUGUUAAACAGCAUGAGUAACGGUGCAAUGUACUCGUCCAUUGUGCGUUCCCAGCUGCACUUACUCCCCCCCCCCCCACUUAUGCAUAAGAGGGAAAGCUGACGCCCGUUACUUAAAAUUUCCUCGUUUUGGUACCGACAUUUCUUUCACUAUUUCAAGAAUGUAGACCCUGGGGGAACUCGGCGCCCUCGAACCUGCUCCUGGCCGGCACUACGGCUGGUGCGCGUAGAAUCGAUGUUAAUUCAACUUAAAUUGAAGCUUUCGUGAGUGAGAGAAUUACUCUUUGGUUCUUUCGGUAAAAUCACGUAGAAAGAAAAUAAAUUAAACACAAGUAACCGAUGUUGCAAUCGAAACGUCGUACCCCAUUAUUUAAUUUAUUUUCUUUCUACGUGACUUUACCCAAAGAACCAAAGAGUCGAUGUUAAUUGUGCAUGGCAGUCUAAGAUUGUCAAUGUAAUCGCGGGUAUAUUUUGUAGUGAAAGCACAAUUGUAGAACGAUUAAGCAGACGAUCCAACAGGGAAUUUGUAUAUGCCCAAGAUAUUUGAUCCGAAUCUACUUCAGCCGCAUACCCCGCUCUUAACCGCUGCCCUUCUUUAACUCUGCGAUAUACGUAAAUGUUCUUGACGAUACAGCAAUCGUGCUGUGACGGUUCCACCUGAAGACGGAAGCUUGUGUUGCCUCCGAAACGUCGUGAUUUAUUUUAUUUUACUAAUUUUAAUUUACCUACCUGACUUUACCGAAAAAAAAACCUAAGAAUGAGGCUGCCGCUGCCCGCGAUCAGGACUCGCAAACAGCCCUUGGCAAAAGGAAAGGAAAUCUGAAUGCAGAUUUUAAACUGUGACAGCCGCAGUCGUAAACAAUCGCCGAGCGCAGACGUCAACUCUACCGCCUCCUCCCUUCUAACGUGAAAAUUAAGUCGAUUCAAAAGUGUUAAGGUUUCCAGAUUAUUGUCUUUUUCUCUCUCCGCAUUAAUCGGAUUACAAUUUCGUCACUUGUAGCUUUACUUGGAAAUAAAAUUGUUUUCACCG